GUGCGGUCGAAUGUAAGGAAAGGAGACUUUGUGACAUAACGCGGCUUUGGGUAUGUGAUGUCGUCACGUGACGGCGCCCCUCUGAUGGCGCCAGCACGGCGCCGCCCUUUUGUUCAGUCAUGGCGAGUCAGCUACGGAAGCGAAGAUAGGAUUGGCGAUGACUGGCGACGACUCGUGUAUUGUCUUCCUACUCGAUCGAGUGCGACACAUGGCGUCGUGUUCUUCAACGAGCAAACCCCCAGAUCGUCGGCGAAAACUUCUCCUUAUCAGACCCUAAGGCUUCCUCAAACCCACCGGGAAACCCAAUUUUGGGUCCCAUCUGUCAUCUUUCGUCGUUCUCCGCACGCUUCUUCCGCGCGUUCUCCAUUCUUCGAUAUGGUUUGUGAUGCAGACUGAUCAUGAGCGGUAGGACGCCGCAACACGCGCCGCGAUGCAGUAAUGUAGAAUGACAACCGCUGCUGCGGUUUGUGCUGCGGUUUUUCCUUCUUGGGGGUGAUGCUGCCCAGGGUCUGUCCGGUUCGCUCGGCACGAUCUCUACGCCCGUUGUCCGUUUUUAGCAUACGAAACUAACUACAGGCCCGUUGCGCAGGAAGCCUGCGGACACUUGCCUUCCAGAGAUCCAACUCGCGCAUCACUCGACCUGGAGCAAGCCAAGGUCCCCCGCCCACAUACCCAGCCCACCGAAGUGCAUUGUCCCGGUCUUCAUCUAAUGGACGAUCCCACGCACUGUCCCGGCGUCUCUGCAUCCGACAUGCCGUCUCCUCGACAUCGCCGCAUAAGGAGCGCAAUUCCCAAGGACGUUGGGCUGUGUUAUAGAGUUACAGGGAACGGCGUGAUGACACCACUCUAACCCGCCCACUCCCUCUACCUGCACCAACCAUGGACGCAGUCAACGCGCACCGCGACAACGCCAUCAGCAACCCCUUGUCUCCGCUGGAGGUUCUCGCGCGGACACACGCCAUCCUGUGCACGGUGGGAUUUCUCAUCCUCCUGCCUCUCGGUGUCCUCCUUGCUCGAUACGUCCGCACCUUCACCGGCCGCUGGUUCUGGGGCCACGCCAUCCUGCAGCUCGUCAUCUCGGGUCCCGUGAUCUUCGCUGGUUGGGCGGAGGGGCACAAGCUGUCCAAGCAGCUCGGGUUCUUGACUGUGCACGACCCGCACCAGAAGAUCGGUGUCGCUCUGCUUGCGCUCUAUGUGUUCCAGCUGCUCGUGGGGAUCGUCAUCCACUUCUUCAAGUGCGCGGGUCUCUUCAGAGGCCACCGCCCGCCGCAGAACUACAUCCACGUGCUGCUCGGCUUGACCAUCCUGGCACUGGCCGCCUAUCAAGCGCACUACGGCCUGUACACCGAGUGGAACUACGCCAUCGGGGAGAACCAUGAAGUGCCCGACUCUGCCAAACAUGCUUGGCUUGCUCUCGUCGUGGUCUUCUGGGUGCUCUAUUUCCUGGGCAUGGCGCUCUUCCCCCGUCAGCUCAAGCAGGAAGGCGAAUUCAGAAGUAGAGCACGUGGGGAUUUGAGAGGCAAGGUGCAGGAUGAGGGCACGGCAUCCGCUUGAAGAAUGACGCCCAGCCCCUUCGUACAGUAGAGUCAAGAGUGAGCCGUCCAGCCAAGAACUGUUUAGGGACUUCUCUUAAUUUUUUCUGUUCUGCUGGUACGCGCGUGACUUGUUGAAAUUAACUUGGGAACUUCGAGUUCUCAACCUGAAGUCUUGAACGACGAUACGGUCACGUGUGUACCCGACGUCAAGGGCUCGCGGCCCGAGUUGACAUAAAUCCCCUAUCCGCGACAACCAUGACCUCGUUUCCGCUCCACUCCACCAUGCACCAGCCACAUGUCUCUAGCCCUCUUGUGUCCUCUUCCUCCGAAUCCGACAACAGCAGUGAUUCCGAAGCCACGCUCGAAGACCUGGACUGGUCCCAGGAGAAUGCGCUGCAGCGCUUGCCUGGCCCAGGCCCGACGCGCAGCCUGCACACUCAGGGGGUGUCGCAUUCUCGGCCAGAUUCCGCAUGCAGCGAUGUCUCGUGGCGUUCCUCCUCGUCCUCCGAGAACUCUUCGGUCGUGUAUGACAUCGAUUUCGAGUCACUCAUUGACGAACUGAUGAUGGAGGAGCCCUUCCCGUUGAGCGAGUCCCGGAACACGGUCGCCGUCGCCGCAUCACACGACGCCGCUACGGACUCAAUGCUCAUCAAAUAUCUCCAUGAGUCCUCGCCCGAGUUGCUGAUCACACUCCGUCUCAACCAUGACCAAUACCGAGAUGACCCAUGGAACCCUAUCCCCCACAUCCUAUGCGCGGUGCACCGAGACGAUCACGUGUUCCUCUGCCUGCAACGCCUCGUGGAGUUCAACGAGCCUCCACUGAAGAAUGUAGCCAAUUGCGUAGAUUUCUUCCGACAAGUGUUAGAGGGCUUGACGUUUCUCCACGAACAUUCUAUCGGCCAACUAUCGUGUUUGGACAUGUCGAAUUACAUGGUGGACCUUGGUCCGACGACGUUCUCUGCUACAGCAGCUGAAUCUGUCCGGGCCUUCGACCGCACCCUCUAUCCUGUGCGAUACUACCUUACGAACCUGGCAUCUGCAUGCGAGUUGGACUCUCUGACGGACGAGGAAGCAGCAGAGAUCAUGCGCAGAGACGUCCGAGAGUGUGCAGAAAUGAUGGAGAAUGUCGGCGAAUCGAUCCCGGUCAUCUCCACCAAACUCGUCACACUGGUGACAGCCAUGAAGACAGGGACCUUCGACGCAGACGCCUCCCGCAAGCUGUUCGAAGCGCUCUGCAAGUCUCUGCCGUCCGAGGUAUUCGAUCUGCCUGCCGAAAUACAUGUGAGCACGACACACGACCAUACACCGGAAGCCCGAGUGCACGUUCCUGCGAAGCCUGAAAUUCGCUCGUCGCCUUCUGCUCCUCUGCUCCACCAUCGAACCGCCGGCCCGCUGCAUACCAUCAAUCUGCUCAGGAAGCCUAAAUCGAGUUCGAUCACGCCACAGUCGCUCUGUUCUCCACCUCAGUCGAGAUCUGUCCGCCACAUCCGGCCUCCCCUUGCUUCAAUGGCCAUCCGACCAUCUAUCAGUGCCGUCCUCAUCGACAUAUCAGGCACACUUCACAUUGGACCCAACCCAACUCCAGGUGCAGUAGAUGCUUUUCGUCGCCUCCGCAAGUCAGGGAUCCCUUUCCGGCUUUGCAGCAACACCAGCAAGGAGUCCACGGAGGACGUGACGACGCGUCUUGAGAAGCUCGGAUUCGAUGUGCGGCGGAGUGCAACGGGUUCCGUGGAUCGAGAGGUCUGGACCAGUAUCGGCGCCGUCAAGAGCACCAUGCAGCGCCUGAACGUGGAUAGACCAUUUAUGAUCCUCUCCGACUCCGCGCGGCGCGAGAUAACAGCCGCAGGGAGUGACGAUGACUCCGAUGGGGCGGCUGUGCCGUACGACUCGGUCGUGAUCGGACUCUGCCCCGCGCGGCUCGACUACGCGCACCUCAACACGGCCUUCCGCAUCCUGGCGCGCGAGAAUCCUGCGCUCUCGGCAAAGGCGCCGGUCCUCAUCGCGGCGCACGCCGGGCGGUACCUCGAAUCGCACGCGGGCGGCGGCGGUCUCACGCUGGGCCCUGGCCCGUUCGUCGCGGCCCUCGAGCAUGCCGUGGGGCCUGGGACCAAAGCUACCAUCGUGGGGAAGCCGUCUCGCGCGUUCUUUGAGACGGUGAUCAGUGACAUGUGUCUGGAGCCGGGUAGUGGGCGCAUCGCCAUUAUCGGAGAUGAUGUCGAGGCUGAUCUGGGUGCGGGGGCGAUUGAGCUGGGGUUGUGGCGUGUGCUCGUCAGGACAGGAAAGUACCGACCCGGGGAUGAGGCUCGGACGAUCAGCCCACCGGAUGAAGUCGUCGACUCAUUUGCCGACUUCAUCGAAAGCAUCUUACAUCCUUCUUCGUAGGCCUUUGCAGCACGAACAGCUCUACCGCUCCUCAAAUACUCCCGCCUUCGAAAUGGGCGACUGAUAGAAUUAGAUGGGCAAUCGCGAUCACGUGAUGACAUUAGACCGCAAUUGAUAUCCGCAGGAUCAAUUGUGGGUUAACAUAGAGGAUUAUUAGCGUCUUGAUAAAUCGAUUAUUGGAUAUCGGUCUUUGAGCUCAAGCAGAACAUUAGAGUUUGCAGAAAGAUUAGAUCGUAACUUAUCUUAGGUUUAGAUGGUGUCCCUCUUGCUGCCUGCAGAGAACGAGGGACAGCACGCGCUCCGUUUGUUGAGAAUGCGUGGUGGACGCGCCCACCCGACAUCCUCAGAUCUGAAUAGAGAAUACCGGUGUUGUUUUCCCUCGUUUUUGCCAAUCACCAGGCUAGGAGAAUUGACGGAAACCCUGUUGACUU